AUGUUUAAACGAGCACAUAUCCGUCGACGACAAGAUAGUGAUGAUGAAGAUGAUAAUCGACCAGCUAAUAAUGAUGAUAAUAAUGAACAUAAUUCAAAUGAUGGAGCUGAUAGUGGAAAUGUAAUUGAAGAUCUGAAAUUAAUUCAAAAACUUCGACAACGUAAAAAUGGUCUGUCUGCUGAUGAACUUGCUCUUGGUAAACAAACAAAUCCAUUACUUCCUGCUCGAAAACUGGAUUCAAGUGAUGGAUAUAAAUUAAAAGCUGGUGGUCUUAUUGAAAUGAGUACACUUAAAGAACAACAACAACAAAGAAAUCGUCCAUCAAAAGAUUUAAGUACUAUCAAUGAUAAUUUUGCUCGAGAAACAAAUAGACGUGAUGAAGAUACAGAAAUGCAACGUUACAUUGAAGAACAACUUGCUAAAUUACAACAAGAAAAAUCAUCGAAUUCAACAACAACUACAUCAUCUAAUAAUGAGUUACAAGCUGUUUUUGCUACAUUAAAAAAACCUGAAGAUACUUUAUUUCAUGUAAGUAAACAUUUAAUUACUGAUCAUUCAACACAAGCAUCUGAAGAAAUGCUUUCCGAACAAAUGUUAAGUGGAAUACCAGAAGUUGAUAUUGGUGUUGAAGAAAAAAUUCGUAAUAUUGAAGAAACAGAUAAAGCAAAACGAAAAUUAUUACAAACUCUAUGCGAUAAAAAAGGUGCGGAAAAGAAAAUCUCAGCGAUUAUUGCACAAUCAACAGCACCUCUCAAUUUAUUAGCAAGUGCAACCGCAGUACCAUCAACACCAUCAAAAACAGCUUCACUUAGUUUUGUACAACAUAAACGAUUUAAUACUGAUGGAAUGGAUAUUUUAAAUUCAAAAAGAUUUAAACAAAAUCAAAUUAAAGAUGUUGUUAAACCACAACCCGUCGUUGGAAAUAAAGAAAAACAUCCGACUUUAUUAAAAGAUCCUAAACAACCUGCACCACCAGAAAAGCCAUUAUCUGAAGUAGCUACCGAUGAUUAUGUAUUUGAUCGAUUUCGCAAGAAUCUUCAUGGUUUACGAAACUGUAAAAUUCGUCAUGCUUAA